AUGAACUCAUCAAACUUCUGUCAAUUCGUAGUAAUUCAUCAUUUAGAAAAAGGAACGACUUGUAUGAAGUGACAGAUUUUGGAAAUUGGGAAGGGCAUCAACAUUUUUGCAUAAUUUGUCUUUUAUUGUGAUGCAAUUGGUUUGGGAAUUUAUUUAUCGAUUUCUCGAAUCAUAUCAAUUUUAUUUUUUGCACAAAAUCUUAUCUGUUUUCACAAAAUUGUGUUUUUUUGUUGAGAUAAGAUUAUUGGCGCCGAAGGAAAUUUUAUUUAUUUUAUUAAAAGAGGAAAUUGCGAUUGUCUGUGAUUCAAAGUGUGAUUUGAUUGAGAAUUUAAUUUUAAAUAUGAGCCACAAUUUUUGGCUCUCAAAACUGAUUCUGACAUCAACACUUACCUUGCUAGAAUCAGUUUUUGGAGCUGGAAAUUUUGGUGCAUAUAGAAAAUUAAAUUCUGCAUCUUAUCAUACCUUGUAUCACAGACAAUUCCAUCCCUCUCCCCUUUUAAAGUUUUGUUCCAUCAAAAAUGCUUCCUGAAAAUUCUCAAGCACUCUUUUAUUUAAAACGCUACUUUUCUUCUUUUUCAACAAAAAAAGAACAAUUAAUUCUCUAAUUAAUUUGUUCAUUUAUUCCCGUUUUUCCAUAUGUGUUCAUUCAAGAUUGCGCACUUUGAUUAAAUUUUCGCAAAGGUCCCUUGAGAGAUUUUUUGAAAAAGAAAAUUCGCGCGAAUUCUUUGGAACAAAAUCUCAAGUGUCUUUCUUUAUUUCUCCAGAUGAGACCAAAAAAUUUCUUUUUCUGGUUCAUUAGAAAAUUCCGAAACAUUUUUAUUUUUUUUUAGCUGAAGUGGCUCUCGAGAUUAUACUGUUCUUUAAUCAAAUUUUUUGAAAGAAGUUUGUUCCAUUUUAUUUAUUUUUUCAGCCUUGCUCUUUUUGCUUCACUUCUUCCAACAAAUCAACUAUCUUCUAUUGGUUUGAUUUCAACUGCAAUUUGUUUGGAAUUCGAAAACGAACAGGAACCGAAUCCGGAAAGUGAAAUGGUUAGUUAGUUUGGGAGUUUUUUUCUGAUGGGGUUUAUGAACCUGUCAGAAUUUUUCGGGAGGGAAAAUGAUUUAAAAUUGGAGAAAAGUCCCGAGAAACCUUAAACACAUGUAAUUCAAAAUAAAAAAAUAACAUAUAUUAGAACAUCAUCCAGAAAUAUUCUCCAUUUUUUGAAAAUGUUAAUAUUUAUAAUUCGAAUUUGACUGCAUGUUAUGUUAUGUAUUGUACAUAUUGUAAAUACAUACAAUAUGUACAAAUAUACAUAAUAUAACAUUAACAUAUUUAAUUUUUCCAUUUUUCAAAACAUGUUUUACAUUAUUAUUAUUAGCUUAUAAUUUUGUGAUUUGUUUUGUGAUUCGGAAAAAUAAUUGUAGAUUUUUUUAAAAUUUUCUAAUGUAAGCAUAAUUGUCGGAAAUAGCUACUAAAUCCCAAUCGAGCAAUCCCAAAUAAAAAUUAGCUUCAAAACCAACGUACGGGGCUGAAAUUCGAAAUUUGAAGAACUCUAAACAAUUUCCGAAUUUAUCUUUUUUUCUGGUGGAAAAAAUCCAGAAAUGUUUUGACUUUCCGACUUUUCGGGUUUCGUUUUUCCGGCAUAGACCUGGUCGAUAUGUAGUAAUCAAAUCUGUCCAUUCUUUUUCUUCUUUCAACUUUACCGCUCUUUAAUUUUGUGCUUUUCCUCUUCGCUUUUUUCUCCGCUUCGCUUUUUUUACUCUCUCUCUCCUGCUUUUUUUUACCGCAAAGAAAAUGUUUUUAUUAUGUUAUUGUUAUGCUAAUUCUGCCAUUUUUUUCCACUUGACUAUUUCUUGGCCAGUUUGUUUUUUUUUGGAAAAAAAAAUCAUAGUAAUAAAAAACGAUUCAAACAGAACAAAUGCCGAUUUUUACGAUUUUCCGCAUUUGUUCAAACCAUUUUGGCGUCUAUUGUAGUUUUUUUUUGUUGUUAUUUCCACGUUGGAAAUGAAAUUCCCAAAAAAUUCGUAAUUCUUGAAAAAGGACAUUUUUUUCCUACCACCACAAAUUAAUUUCAAGCCACUCUAGAAAAUUAAUGUUUUUUUUGGGUUGAACCUACUAAUUAUUAGUUGACCACUGUAAUUCUUUUCCUUUUUUAUCCCACAUUAAUAUACAAAAUGUACAUGUGCCAGUGCAACUCGAAUAUAUAAUAAUAAUUAGCACCCAUCUGACAUAUAAAAAAAAGUAUAUACAAAUUUUCUGUUUUUGUUUCUGUUUCUGUUUUUGCGGUGAGCACUCGAGGCAGAGUACAAUUUUUAGGAAAAAUUUAUUUUUUUACGUGGAUUUCUAGGAGAGCCUUCUUGAUGAUCAGAUGCAAGAAUACUUGAGAACUUGGCUCUCUAGGCGCUGAUACUUGAGAGUUGAACUUUAUAAGCGCGGCUACUUGACAACUAGGAUGUCUAGGCUUGGCUAAUUGACAUAGAUGUUUUCAAGGCGCCGUGCUUUGUCACUGUGGCUCUCAAGCUACAGAUCCUUGACAGAAGAAAUCUCUAGGCGCUGGUCCUAUUGACAACUAGGAUUUUUAGUUUUUGCAUCCCAAGAUGCUAAAAAUUAGAUUACAAUUUUUAAUUUUUCAAAAAUUCCCAAAAUUCACAACUGUUUUCUCUCCGUUUUUGACUAAUAAAUAAGAAAGAGUCAUAAGUCUUCUUCGUUUUUUUCCGCCGUUUUUUUUCUAUUUUUCACACAUACAAAUAUGAAUCACCUUCUUCUUUUUACGCUAUAUUUUCGCUAUUUUUCUAUUAUUAUUUUUAUUUGUAUGUAUUAUAAUGAUGGCUAGCAUAGCCCCAUUUUGCUUUUCAUCAUAUUUUAUUGUAAACAUUUUCUGGGUCGAUCAGGUGCAAAAAGUUUUUUGACCUUGAAAUAUUUUAAUAGUUUGAUUGAAGCUUUGAAUUUUAGAGAAAUUUGGCAAAGUUGAAUAAAUAAAAGUUUUUGUUGGAAAAAUAUGAAUUAUUUAUUGGUAUAUUUUUGUUUAUCUUUCUGUUUUUUCAAUUGAAAAUGAGAUUUUUCAAAUUGUGAGGCAUUGAUUUUUUGAAUUUCGAGAUAAUAGCUUAGACCAGUGCCCUUCAGUUGAGUUAUGAAUUUGAAAUUUUUAAUUUUGAUUAAAAAAAACGAGAAAUCCCAAAUAAUUUGAAGAAAAAGUUGAUAAUUUUCAUUUGUUCAGAAACUUUAAACGCAUUUUUUCGAGAUAAAACGAAUAUGUACAUAUUCAUGUAUGCAUAAGUGUGCUACUCUUCUUCUUCUCCAUUUUUUACACCACUUGUGACACCAACCAAUUUUUGAGGGUGGCGUUUUUCAUCAAUAUUUAAUUUGGGCCUCUUUUCUCGCCUUUUUUUCGCCCAUUUUCACACACAAUUUUUUGGAUUAGUUUUGACUUGUGUUUUGUUUUCAAACAAAAGGCAUUAGUCAGGCAGUUUUAGAAAAAAGUAUUUUUUUUCCAAAUUUCUCGGAAGUUGUUUCGAAAUCAUGUUAAUAUUUAUUUCGUAAUAACUUUUUAAAUCCAUGAUAUUUUUCUUUCUGUGACCAUAAAAAUGUGAAAAGUAUAGAUAUUCGGAUUGUUUUAAAGUAACAGUUGUUGACUUUUUGCGCCAAUAUUUACUACUAUCACUAAAAUGACACUCACAUAUGUAUUUUGUGUAAGAAUUAUGAGCCAUUUUGAAGUUUUUAUCGAGUUUUUCCACUUUUAUUUUCUGUGUCAAAGUGUUUUGAACUUUGAGAAAAUGUAUAGAAAGGUUUUGUUAAUUUUUUGAUCAAGAGAGCAUUUUUAAUUGGAAAAUGUUGAAUGGCGUAACCUUGAUGUUUAUAAUUUUUGAUUUUUCAAUUGUAAAUUAUUUUGUUAACGAAGUAAGUAGAGCUAUAGAAUCUUCGAGUUCAAUUCAAGAAAAUUGGUUUUUAGGCGUUCUGGGAGCGCCUUCUUGACAAUUAGACUCUCUAGGCAUGACUACUAGAGAACUUGACUUUCUAGGGUUGGCUGCUUUGAAUUGGAGCUAUCAACCCUCGAGUACGGUAAAAAAAAUGAUUAAAAUAGUCCAAAAAAGUGUAUCGAAAAAUGAAAUUUCACACUGUUCCCUUCAUUUGUUCUUAUGAAUAACCCGCAAAAAAUGGCGCCAAACACAACAAAAAAUCCACCCAUUUCCCUUCCUCGUUUUUUUUUCUGCUAUGGCCUAUCAUCAAUCUAAGUUGUCAUGUGUCGAAUUGUCGAUGUCUCUCAUUUCUCCAUACUCUCUCAUCGUUUUCCGCGAGUUCACCAACAAAAAUUUGCUCCACCAUUUUCCAAACAUUUUUUCUCUCCCCUCCGUUUUGCAUGGUGUCAAACAAAUGUUUUCUUUUUUCCCUGUGUUUUUUUUCCAGUUGAUCGGAAAAAGUUUUGAUCGCAGCUUGCGCAAGAGCGGAAAAGAGCACUUGAUGAGCAUUUGGCAAACUUCCCGAAAACAUAUUUUUCUCCCUCUUUUUUUUCCUUGAGCACUAUUGUUUCAAACAUAUAUCCGUCUUCCUCGUUUUUUUUUGUGUAAUAUUCUUCCGGUGUGAGAUUUUUCUAGGCUUUUUCUCAGAUUUUUGUCUUCCAUUUUUUGUGGUAGGUAGAAUUAAACUUGAAAGAAACCAGAUACUUUUUCUCUUUUUUUUGUAUAAAUCAAAGUACAUCUGAAACUUAAUCUGAUGAAGGAAAAAAAUGGAAUAAAGAAACGAAAAAAUUAAUCUGUAUCAAAUUUCAAUCCAAUUAAUGUUGGAUAGAUAGAUAUAUUGUUCAUUUUCCCAGCAAAAAAUAAAUAAGAGAUUAACCCAUGGGUGGCUUUAAUAGGCUUAUAACACGAAUAGUCGCCAAAAAAAAUCGGGUAACAUAUGCGAUCAUUUUUUUUCUCUCUGCUGGUUAUUAUUCAGUUUAUGAGAUUAUUCUCAAACCCAUCCUAAUUAUUUUUCUUUUAAUUUGAUGGGUUUAUGGUUUUUGAGCCUCAUUUUUUUAAAAACUACUAGACUAAUUUUUGUUGGGAGCUAAAAUUUCAGAAAAAGUAUUAAAUACCUUAUUUGCUAAUUGAAAAUCGUUAAUCUACUAAUAUAAAAUAAUAAGUACAUAUUAAUCAAUUUAUCAUUUUUUGUAACCUUCGAAAACUGGAUUCCUUUCUCAUUCUCAUCUCAUUUUAUUUGCAUUCUUCUCCUUCUCCAUUUUUUGUUUCAUUUUUUGACGUUCGUUUUGACAAGUAAGUACAAUCAAUGCAUUUUUUAUUUAAUUUGCCAGAAUUUGGUUGACAUUUUGGAAGAAAAAGUGUAAAGAGAAAAUAAAUCAGAUUUGGUGCACAUUUCAUCGUAAUAUUUCUUUUUUUUUCUCUCAUCAGAUUUAAUUUUUUGUAAAAAAAAACGGCGAGGAAUUGAAUCUGGAAAAGGAUUUGGGAAAUUUUGAAUGAGAUCUGAGGAGUUGGGCCUGAUUUCAGAAGAUUUCUAAACUUUAAUCAUAAACGUUCUUAAUAUGUUUUAGGUUCUAGAUUCAGGCCCCCAAAAAUUACAAUUUUCGAAAAAAACCAAAGUUAAACAUUUUUAUGUCCUAGGAAUUUGAGAAUUUCUGAUUUUUCAUUAAUUGUUCUGUUAAACUGAAUUUUUAAAAAUUAGGGUACUUUGAAAUAAAACUGUGUUUUUCUCCAGUCCCAGUUUUGCCUAAAUUUUUCACCCAAUUUGAGAUUUUUGUUCCACCCUCAAAAAAUCGCAUAAAAUUAGUAAUUCCCGCAAAACAAAAUGUUUCAAAUGCGCCGAUUUUUACACACCCCAAAAACCCAUAUUUUUUGGUUGGCGGUCUUCCUUUUUUUCAUUCUGUUUCUUUCAAUUCAUUCUCAGCUUUUCACAAAUGCACAUAUGUGUUUUUCUUUUUCUUUUUUCUUCCACUGACCACUGUCAUAUCACAUUUGUCAAACUAUUCCAAUUCCUCCUCUUCCUCUCUCAGUUUUUCUUGGCGUCGCGCCAAAGAAUUUUUUAGUUUUGUUUUUGGGUUUGUGAAUAGGUGUAGGUGAGAGGUAUUGUUCUGCCUAGUUUUUUUUCGUAUAGUACGAAUAAGUGAUAGGAAAUAGGCUUAGAGAGAAUUUAAGCAUGUUUUCACACUUGGGCUAAUCUCGUGGUAUUCGAAAGUGAAAAUUGUACUCUAAAUUUUUAUUUCCAAAAUCUAGAGAAAAUUAGAACUGCGCCUUUGUAGCUUCUAGAUGUCGCGACUAAAAUGCAGAGUUGUUUAGUUGCAACUCCUAAAGAUCCUAAUUGUAUAAGGCUCGCAUCUAGAGAUUCCCUCUGACAAGCAAGCGUCUCUUGAGAGUUUCUAUGUUUAGCAGCCGAACCUAGAAAAUUUAAAUGUCAUGGGCCAGCGCCUAGAGAGCCUAGUUCUCAAUUUGCCGAACAUAUAAAUCUAAACUGGCAGAGUUUAGUGGCUAGAAAACUUAAUUGACCUAGAUCUCCAUGUUUUUUACCACCGUAUACAUUUUUAGUUUUUUUCUGCAAUUUGUUUCAGGUGUAUAGUUUUUAUGCAUUUCUAAAAUUGUUUCCACCACAAAAAAAAACAAAAAAAAGCAAAAGCCCCGCCCAGUCUCAAAUUUUAUUUAUGAAUUUUAAAUUUCCGUUUCAUUUUUCCUCCUUCUUCUCACAACCAAAUCAUUUUUUGUGUCACAAAGUGUCUGGCUUUUUUUCGAAUGCAACACAGAUGUUUGCACUUUGCAAAAGUUCGGACCCUCUCAUUUUUUUAUUCAUCCAAGUCGCAAAAAAAACUAAAUAUUGGUUUUUUUUUGUGUUGUCUUUCUCUGUGUUUGCAUUUCUAAUGUAAGGUAAACACCUUACAUUUUUUGCUGUCUUUCUCAACUUUUUUUUAUAUUACGACGACACUUCUCAUUUUACUUUAGUAGUACAGUUUUAGCUUCAUAAAUGAAUCUUUAAACAUUGAGCCGUAAAUUCUUGGCUGAUAAGGGAAGUACUUGAGGUCCAGAAUGUAAUUUUUAAGGAAACUUAGUAAAACUUAAUAUUUUUAACAUUCUGAAACGAUUCAGAAGUCUAGAAGUGUUACUUCGAACAUUUUAAGCACUUACGGAGCUCCGAAGAUUUUUUUUUCAAAAUCUGUAACUUGGAUAAUUUUAGAAAUUGGUGGGUUAGAAAACGAGCACAAAAUUUAUGUUUGGAAAUCUAUAUGGGGUUAAAAUCGGCUGAAGUAACACUUUUUGACUUCGUAUUUGUUUUCAACAAUAAGUUGCGCUACAGGGUGGUCCAAAAUUACCCGCACAAACGCAAUUCCAGUUCCAGCAUUUCAUAUUCAAUAUAAAAUGCACCAAACCUGGAUCCGUAAUAUCAAUUAGUCAGUUUUACUGAUUUCUAACUAGUUGCCAAAGUCUCCUGAAGAAUUUUCAUUCUUGAGCCGAGUUAGAGGGGUUAUCCGGAACAGCAUAAAACGAAAAAACAAGAUUUUUUACACGCUCUAUUUUUUUCGAGUGAUUUUCAUACUUCGCGUGAUAAAUUUGAAACAAUUUCUGAACUUUAGAAUCAUAGCAGCAUUUUUUGAUGUUUUUUGGGUAUUAAAAAACAAAUUCAGCGAGAUUAGACCCUUCGAAAAAAAUAUUGAGAUCAUUUCUGGUCUUGUUAUGAAAAUUGACCGGAAAAUUGAUGGAAAGUUUAUAAAACGAGGUCAAAAUCGAAAAUAUCGUUAGGUUUGGGAAAUGUGAGAACUGUAUAGCCAAACCAAGCCUACUAGUGACAAUUGACAUCAAAAAUACCAUGGAUUCAUCUUACACCACGAUGGUUAACAUAAUAAAUGAUAAAAAUUGAGUUUUUGAGUUGAAAAAUCCGUUUUGAGGGGUUCACUUUACUGCUCCUUAUUCUUGUUCCAAAAAUUUUGUGUAUCAUUUCGGUCAAGGAUCAAGCAUGCCUAGGGGUUAUAUUGCAAUUCUGAACCGGAAACAUAUAAUUUGAAACUCCCUAUGGGUAUAGAAAGCUCGAUUAACUCAGAAAAAGCAGCGUGCCUGAUGCGAAGUUCUGAAGUUCAUUCCCGAUAUUCCAGUCACCCUGAGACCGAAUUAUAUCACAAGAUUCUAUGUUAAAAUGAUGAACACAAUAUCUGGGAAUAAUUUUUGAGACCAGAAAUCAUAUCUAUGUUUACUCUCUGGAAAAUAUUUAACAUUACAUUUGUGCGGGUAAUUUUGGACCACCCUGUAAGUUCCAUCAGAAAUGAAUUUACGAACCUGAAACAGUAAUCUCCCCAUAAAUAGUGAAAAAUAAUAAAAUCAUGCAAAAAUAAUAUCCAAUGUUUAGUGAUAUCAAUUGAUUACAUGAUUUGAAUUAUGCAAACAAUGUCGAAUUAUCUCUAAACACUCUCUUUAUAUCCCAUUAUAUUUUGCAAUUUUUGUUGUUCUCUUUUCUAAUGAUAAUCACGACAUUUUUCAAUAUUUCAUUUUGAUCUACUAUUUAUUCGAUUCCUCUAAUUCUUACUGUAUUUAUCUCAAUGGUAUGUUCCGGUAGUUUUUUUUGUUAUCCGCCAACGAAAAAAAAAUGUUAACACGAAAUCCAGUUUGUACAUACAUUUGUUGGCCAAAAAAUUCAGUGAUGCAUACGAGAUUUACUGUUUUUUUUCUUUUCGCGCAUACAUUUUUCUUCAAUUUCUAGACAUUUUUUGAAAUUUUUUUUGAACCGGUUUUUCUGUUAUGAGGCAUUUUUAAUACAUAAUAUUGCUCCUUUUUGACUGUGUGUGUGGGGGUGAGAAACAAAUAAAUGCUCUUUUCUUUUGUUUGUUUCUCGAACAGGUCUUUCACAAAAUACAAAAAGAAAGUUGAUCAUCUUUCCUUGUUUAACCAAAAAUUUUUCGAAUUUUCUACCCAGCUGUACAUAGUUUCCGGCACUUUUUUCUUUAGAUUUUUUUUGGUGGUAUAUGUAUUUAUCUUUCUCAAAUGAGUCAUAGUGAGAACCCAACCAACCCCCCACCUGUGUGUGUUUUUUCUCCUGCUGCUAGUUUUUUUUUUCUCACUCCAGAUAUUUUUGUUCAUUACAUUUUGUCAAGAGAUAGACAUAGCUCUUGACCUCUUGUUCUCACAAUCCAAAAACAAAUGUUGGCUAUUUUCAGGAUCAAAUAAUGGAUACCUACGAUUUUCCGGAUCCCUAUCAGGUUCAAGUUCGAGCACGACCCCAAGUUCCACCGAAACCGCCGAUUGAUACAGUGAGAUAUUCGAUGAAUAAUAUUAAAGGUUAGUUUUUUUUGGAAAUUCGUGGGAGGGGGGAUUUUUGGGAGAUUUAUGAAAUUUUUUGAGUUGGAAGAUUUUGGUCUUUUCUAAAGUUGUUCAGAAAACUGAAGAUGUUCAAAAAAUUUUUAAAGUAUGAACAUUUUUCUAAUUUUUUGUUACAAUCGCUGAAAAUUUAUGAAAAUCACACUAUUUCGAGAAAAAAUGUACAGUUUUUAUUUUAUGAAAAUUUGUUGUCUGAAAUAGGCUUUCCCAUAUUUUCCUGAUUCUCCGAUAAAGUUUAGCUAGCUAUUUUCAAAAUUUCAUAGAUCUCCUAAAUCACUAUAAAAAUACAUCUCCCAGUUUCCUGGUCCCCCAUUUCAUGUAAAUUCUGUUGAAUAUUCAUUUCAAACUGCGAUAAGUUUUGUUCCGAUUUUUGUUUACAAGUUUCAACAAGUUCUCAAAUUUGUUUAUUUUAAGAAAUUCUUUUAUCUUCUUCCUUCUUUUUUCUUCGAUUAUAUUUCAUUUCAUUUAAUUUGGAAAAAAUUGUUUCGCCGAAACACAAAAAUCUCAUAAAAUGGUCUAAUUUAUUGUUUUCUAAUCUAUUUCCCAAUAUCGCCUCGUUUCAAAAUAAUUUGAUAAUAAGUUUUCAACACCUUUUUUUCCUUCGAUAUUUUUCAAAAAUAGCUAAAACAAUUUUGCAAUGAUUUUGAAAUAUACCCAAUUUAUCAUAAUAUUUUUGUUAUUAGUAAUUACUUGAUCCAUUUUUGGUGUGCGUUGUUUUCUUUUUCACCGCCAAAGAGAUUUUUGUCGCCUCGCCAAACAGCUGUCAUUAAAUCGCGAAACAACACAGUAAUGUAAUUUUAUGAAAAUAGUAUAGAUUUACGAAGAGAAUCAGACAUUUUAUAUAUGUUCACCAUUCGAAAUUAGUGGGUGUGAAUGACCUUAUUUUCGAUCGCUAUUUUCCCCUUAUUUAUGCUAUAAAAAUUACUUUUUGGUGAGGAUUUUCUUCUUUUUUUUCUGUUGAAUUGGCCAAGAGAUUGGUUUAAUCCUCGAAUUUUAAAUGGUUUUUGUCUUGGAGAUUUUUUAGGUCUAAAUUUUUGAUAAUUUUAAAUUUUUGAGAGCUGUCAGAAAAAUUAUCACGAGACUGAGAAUCAAAGAAAUGACGUGGCUACGUUUCUAGAUGUUCUAACAGCAAUGUAUCAUUUCCAACUCUCAAAAUUACUUUCUAGACGCAUUGCUUCAGGCGUGGCUUCAAAGUUUAGAUCGUAUCAGACCUUCUAAAAAGGUGUAGCCCUAAAAUUCUGGUUUAAAUCUCUACAUUUCUUUAUCCUGUUGAAAUUUGAAAAAACUUGAUACCUGAAAGUUCUUUACUUCAAAAGUUUAGUUCCAAAAAAAAACUAAACUUAUUCAAAUUGUCAAACACAAUUGAGUUUAACCUUUUUUGAAAAAAAACGCGUAGGUUGUUUUUUCUCCUUCUUCUUCUUAUUCUCCUCAUGAGAUUCUUUCGAACAUAAAUAAAAUCGAAUUAUUUAAAUUUGAAAAUCAAACACAAAGAAUCGGAAGAAGAAGACACACGACGAACAAAAUACACAUAAAAUAUAUAUACACACCCACAUUUAUUCGCUUUUUGCUGUUGUCUCCCUCUUGAAACUAUCCAUUUACAUGUUCUCAUCUUUAUUUGCAUAUUAGCUUGCUUGUAUCGAAAUUUGAAACUUUUCUUCAUAUUUUUGGCUGGAGCUUGAGAUUUGGAUUCUGACGACUUUUAGAAAAUCAGCCGAAGAAAAUACGCUACUUUUUCAUUUUGAAGUUUUCUGCUGGGGCAGUUCAAGUAGCUGAGUGGUUUCUGGCAAUCUCAUGGUCGCUGGUUCGAUUCCUGAUGCCCGCUCCCUCCGAUUUUUAUUUUGAUUCAUCCGCAAAAUUUUCACAGCAAAAAAUAAGCUACUUUUGAAUUGUUCUGCUGUUUUCUUUUAGAAAAGCAAUUUUCUUUUUUUUUCUGCGACACACUUUGAUUUAUUUCUCUUUUUUCUACUAGCUGAACACUCAAAUCUCGUAUACAGUUUUUCUUUUUUUUUUGGUGAGAAUUGAAAGUACCUAGUUUGUAAAUAUAUGUCACAACCUAUGCUACCUCUUUUUCUUCUUCUUUUUGCUAUAUUUGUCUAAUGUGCCAAGUAGAAGAAAACUCGAUAAUAUUUGUAUAGACGUUGACAAUAUUAUUAUUAAUAAUAUUAUUUUUGGUUUCUUUCGUUCGCCCAAAAAAAAAUAUUUUUUAGUUCUCUUUUUUUUAUUAAAAACAUUUUUUGGAUGACUAAUAAAUUGUGAUAAAUGGAUGUCUUCUUAUUUCCCCACCCUAAAAACAUUUUCCACUUAUUUCUUCCCGUUUUUUCCGCCCCAACUUUUUUGCUAUCGUUUUUUUCCGGGUAGAUAAUAAUCACGGAUAAUUGAGUGGUCCCUAGUGGUAUUUUAUGUUACCGCUCGCCCAGCUAAUCAGAUUUUUUACUUGUGUUUUUCUUGGGAGCGGGUGGCUUUGGUCAUUUUCAACCAGAAUAAUCUAGGCUUGUAAUUUUCAAAUUCAGAAAAAGUUUCAAAACUAUUUUGAAAUUUUAAAUUCAACUCCAAUAAAAAACGUUGAAACUUCUUAUUUAAAAUUUAAAAUUAAGUUUCUGGAAAAUUUUUGCAUUUUUAUUUUUAUUUGGGCCACUAUUCAGUAAACACUGAUUUUCACGUAAUUUUAAAACUAAUUUUCAAUCAGAAUCGAGCCCGAAAUAACCAAGAAGCUUUCCAAAAAAUGCUCGGAAUUUUACAAAACCGAUUUUUCUUAGAAAGCUAGGGCGUUCCCUGCUAAUUUGUGACAAGGCUGAAAGUUUUUGAAGUUUUCGAAAAAAUAAUUUAUUUUCAAUCUCAAUUUUCUUAUAUAAUUUUGAAUUUUUUGAAAACUGCCUGAACUUUCAGAAAAGUUUUUUAAUAGUCCACAAAAUGUUAUAAAUUGUUCAAACUUUUCAUUUUUUAAAUUAAAAUUCUGCAAACUUUUAUUUUCUCAUUAUUAGAAGGCCAUUUCAAAUAAUUUCAAAAAUAUUCAAUUUUUUUUUAAUAUCAAAAAUCUGUUUCCCUCCUAAAAAAUCUCACCCUGUUCCAUUUUUCGCAACACCUGUGAGGGUCACCAUAUUCUCUUUUCUCAUUCAUUCAUUCAUUCAAAUAUACUCCAUAUUUUUGUGUUAUAUAAUCAAAACAAACAGUUUGUUUUUGUUCUCAUUCAUUUUUGUUUUGGUUCCCAAGCUUAUUCAUUCAUCAUUCUCUUAGAUACACCCAUUUGUAUUUUUUCAACAAGUUCUUCUUUUUUUGACCCCAUCAGAAUAAGCCACGCCCACAUUCUGUCCUAUCGUUUCUAUUUGUGUGCUUUGCACCUGUCUUUGUUCGCCUUUCUCUCUCUUUUUCUUUUGAACAGUGACGUAUUUUAUGAAAUACAUUAAUUAAUUGACUCUUUACAAAUUCUCUCUGGAAUUCGUUCAAAUUAUUGAUUUUUGUUGUCUGUGUUGACGACAAAAUAGAAAAAUAAAAUUAUUAUUUCUGUCUCUUAUCUCUAGUUUUCUUGUUCUCGAUUUUUUUCUUCUCACUGAUAUUUUUUCGUUUAGAAUUUUGAGAAAUUAUGUACAAACCUAAAUCGGAUAUAAAACAGUUUGAAACGUAUAUGAGACAGAAGCGUAAGUUUUUGAAGGGAACAUUUUUUAAAAAUUGGUUCGGGCUGAUUUUGAUUAAAGGUGGAGUUCGAGCAAAAAUUAAGUAGUGCUCAUUUGAAAGAGCAUGUUCUAAUUAGUACAAUCCUCGAAGGAUUUUUUCUGGAAGCUUCUCAAACAUUGGUUAAAAAAUUACAAAGUUCGAAAAAACAGUGAAACACCGUGUAAAAUGGCUUGAAACUCCAUAUCUCCAACCGUUUGGAGCUGUGUUUCUCUAAUGUUAGAGAAGCUUUCAGAAAAAAUUCUUCGAGGAUUGUACUAAUUGCAACAUGCUCUUUGAAAUUAGCACAACUUAUUUUUUGCUCGGACUCCACCUUUAAAAAACACCCUUUUUAUAUUUGAUUUUUUUCAGAAUCAGCUGAUUGGCAACUUGAUGAACUUCUUGAAGAGUUAGAAGCUCUUGAAACACAAUUGAAUACAUCAAAUGGUGGAGAUCAACUACUUUUGGGUGUUUCUGGAAUCCCGCAAAGUUCAAGUCGUGAACCAAUCACUAAACCACCUCCACCUCCACAACAGCCACCACAAGUAUUUCACCAUCAACAAACAGUCAUAAGUCACCAUCAGGUUAGUAUUUGGUUUAAAGCAGCAGCGUUUUCUUUCCACCAGACACCCCGUAUUUGGGUUGUCGGCCGCCUGGCGAAGAACACCCAUGUUCAAUCGAGCAGAAAUAACCUAAAUAACUCUAUUGGUGCUCGCCUGCCAAAUCUAAAUUGUUUAUGGUGCCAUACUUCCCCCUUAUUUCCCCUAUUUACAAUUGAAGAGUAUGUAAAAUGACACCAGGGGGAUAUGAUAUUAUUCUUGACAAAAAAAACACGAGAAGAAGUGGAAACAGAUGUUGGUAAAACCAACAGGUUCUUCUUAUUUAUUUUGAGAAAAAAGAACACAUAUUGAAAUUGGUACGGCGGAAAAUAUAAAGAAAAUAAUUGCCAUGAGCAAUAAAUUUUUAAUAUUAUAUUUAUUUAUGAUUUACCGCACCGCGCAUUGUUGGUUAAAAAGGUCCUCGAGUAUCUUGAACCAAAUAAAUCCCGCUGACCUCUCAUGAAAUCCGAAAAACUAACAGAUUAUAGACAGAUUUAUUUAUUUUUCAGAUUCAAUCAAAUGGUUCUUCCUGUUCGUCUCCAGAUGGUGACAGUGCAUUUGGCGAUUCUUCAUCGACUGAAUCACACAGAUGUCGGAAUUCGGCUUUUUCGUCAAAUGAAUCAUGCAGAGAUUCGUUGAAUACACCAAGUCCAACGCAGGUGAUUUUUUUUGACACAUUUUUGGGAGUGGGGAGGAAGGAGAUUUUUGAGUUUUCGGAAACUUUGAACUAGAAAAAAUGUUUUCAUGAAUUCAGAGCAAUUUGUUUUUUAGAAGCCUGGUUUUCUAGAUUAUUUGGAAAAAUCAGAUUUUCGGUUGAAAUUUCAAGCUGAAGAUAAAGAAAUAAUUUUUUGAUUGAGAAUUAAAGAAAUAAUUUUUUGAGAAAUAAAGAAAUAAUUUUUUGAUUGAGAAUUAAAGAAAUAAUUUUUUGAGAAAUAAAGAAAUAAUUUUUUGAUUGAGAAUUGACAAUUCUGAUUUAAACUUACAAUUAGCCUUAUUUUCCAGGAUUUUUAUAAAGAAAAUAAAAUUUUUUACCUAGAAAUUUGAAAUUUAAGCUGAACCUGAAGAAUAUCGAUUUUACCUGAAUAUUUUUGAUUGAAAAUUGAAUAUACAUGUUCAAAUGAACCUCUGGAUUUUCAACAACAAAAAAUUUAAAGCUUGAAAUUUAUGGCCUAACUCCAGCUUUCCUCAGAUCUCUUUUAUUAGUUUCAAAUUUCACUUGACAUACUUUUUCUUCUUCACAUUCUCCUUAAAAAAAGCCGUUGCCACGUGUCAUCAAUUAUCUAUCUACUACAUAUAUUACAAUUAGUUUAGUGUCGGCGUUCAUCAAUCACUUGUAUACAUUUUUACAAUAAUCAAAAAUACUGUGUAGAAUGAAGAGAGUUUGACAUGUUCUUCGCAGGUCAACAAGAUUAUCACAAUAAGAAAACGAACUGUGUUUGAUUGAUGCGUUUUUUUUGGGUUUUCAUUCUGGCUUGGAAGAAAAAUAUAUGGGUGAAAUAAUAAUGGAUGGAUGGGAUUACCUAAUACGUCACCUGUCAGGAAAUUUAUUAUUUUUUUAGUGGAAUGGGAAUAUGAGGUUAUGCAGAUUUUUUAUUUGAAAAAAAAAUCUAUUGCGAAAAAUCUUGUAAUUAAUUAGGCACAGUAUUUUAUUCAAUCGAUAAGUAAUUACUUAAAAUAAUACAAAUACAAAACAAAAAAGCGACAUAUUGUUAUUGUUGUAAAUUAUCCAGAUGUUCUUGAUACAAAAAUUGCGCAACACACUUUCCCCCACCAUCUCCAACCCAACCUCAAUCAAAUCUUUUAGGUGUCGCCUAGAAAUGGUGAAAUGACUGCUGAGGAAUUGAAAGCAUUGAAAAUUAAACAAGCAUUAGAAAAAAUGAAAGAAGCGAAGGUUACGAGGAUUUUUGUGAAGUUUUUUGUUGAAGAUGGACCUCCGCUGCAAAUGUUGAUUGAUGAGAGAUGGACUGUUGCUGAUGUAAGAAUUCAAAUAUUGAAAUUCUAGAAAAAACCUAAAAUCUUUAAUUUCAGACAAUGAAACAACUUGCUGACAAGAAUCAGAUUGCUUUGAUGGAAGAUCAUUGUAUUGUUGAAGAAUUUCCUGAAUUAUAUAUUCGACGAGUUUACGAAGAUCAUGAAAAAGUUGUUGAAAACAUUCAAAUGUGGGUUCAGGACUCCCCAAACAAGUUAUAUUUUAUGAGAAGAUCGGAUAAAUAUACAUUUAUUGAUCGACCUGAAUUAUAUUUGGUGACUGAAAAAACAUCGGAUCAUAUGGAAAUUCCGGAAGGAAAUAAUUGGACGAUCGAAACAAAACAACAAUUUGUGCGAGAUUAUUUUAAUCGCGAUCCAGUUGUGCCACCGGAAAUGGAAGGAUUUUUAUAUUUGAAAUCGGAUGGGAGAAAAUCUUGGAAAAAACAUUAUUUCGUUUUGAGACCAUCUGGAUUAUAUUAUUCACCGAAAGGCAAAAAAUCGACAAAAGAUUUGAGUUGUCUUAUGAAUCUGCAUUCAAAUCAAGUUUAUACUGGAAUAAAUUGGGAAAAGAAAUACAAAUCACCAACACCAUUUUGUAUUUCAAUCAAAUUAACUGCAUUACAAAUGAAAAGAUCGCAAUUUAUCAAAUAUAUUUGUGCCGAAGACGAAAUGACAUUUAAAAAAUGGCUUGUUGCAUUAAGAAUUGCGAAAAAUGGACAGGAUUUAUUGAAUAAUUUUGAGAGAGCUUGCCAAAUUCGAAGAGAUACGCUAAGUGGAAGUGGAGGAAUGUCAGCUGCAAGUUCAUCAAUUGCUAUUUCUGAAACACAACGUGCUCCAUCAGUUGCAUCUUCAACACUUCAUUUAAAUGGAUAUAAUUCGAAACCGCUGAGUGUUCAUAUCAGAAACAAUUCAACAUUUUCAGGUAAAAUUUUGUCUUUUUGAAUUAUUUCUCUUAUAAAAUAUAUUUCAGUUAGCUCAUCUCAACCAUCAUAUCCAUCUCCUUCUCGAAUAAUUGAAUAUGAUGAACAACCAACUGGAACAAUCAAACGAGCACCAAUUGAUGUACUUCGACGUGUUUCAAGAACAUCAACAUCUUCUGGAACACCAACAAUUCGUUAGUUUUUUUUAAUAGAAUCUUUAAACAAAACAUUUAAAUCAUAAUUUUCAGCUCAAGAAGAAGAGGAUUCUGACGAAGAAGAUUUCCCGGCGCCUCCUCCAAUUGUUUGCACACCUUCUCGAGUAAUUGCACCGCCACAAACCCCACCAAAACCAGUUUGCUCAACACCGACGCCGAAAAAAGUGCCGCCACCACCGCCGCCAAAAAGAUCUGAUACAACACGAAUACAAUCGACGCCAACUCCGCCACAUCAUAUGAAUGAUUUAGAAGCGGCUUUGGCGAAAAGAAGAGAAAAAAUGGGAGUUGCUAAUCAGUAG